GGAAGAACACCCUGUGUGUGCUUUUCAUGAGCUCAUUGGUUGUCACGAAAGAAGUUUUAUAAUUGUAAAACAGCCAUCUUUCUCUAUAUGUUGGUAUGCUACUGUAAUGUUUGACUGAAUUUGUGCUUUCUGAUUAUUCUAACAGCAUUUUAAUGCAUCACCCCUCCCACUUCACGUUGUGCAGCUCGAGACGUUGACACCCUCCUCCUCUUCCUCACCGAAGGCGAACUGGAUGAAAGAUGUCUCUAUCCAAGAUGCCGAACGUUUCAUCCAGCAGAGGGGCAAAGAGAAAGCUGGCACUCGGGGUUAUUUUAGAGCCACAGUCCAAAUCUUCCAAAAGCACAUUUCUGAGCCCGAAUCUGAUCCUGCUGGAAAUCCCUCCUGACACCAACACCAGCCUCCCAGUGUGGGACGCCAUAAGAUCCCAGCAGGCCGACAUCGCCUGGACCGUUAACCCCUACAGCGUCAGUGUUCAUUUCACCCCUGUGACCUCAACGCAGGGGAAGAAUACAAACUCCACCCAAAGUCAAAGCACUCCCAGCGCAACACAGAGCUCAGCGCCUUCAUCUGCAAUCCCACAGCCUCAGAUGGCGAUCCAGUCCAUCCCUCAGCUGCAUGGUGCCUCCCAGAACGCCUCCGUCCUGCUCACGCUUUCCCAAAACAGCAUCCAGGCAGUGCCAACUCCAGGUCAGCUCAUACCUCAAAACCCAGCUGCCUCCCUCAUCGUCUCCCUGCCGCUCAUCAUCACCCAACCACAGCCUGCUCUUCAACCUGCCAAAACACCCGUCAUCCAGACCCCACCAGCCACCCCCACCAAGCCGCAAACCCUGGCCAAAGUGCCCGCCUCCUCCCCAUUCCACACAAAGAGCUCCUCUGACGUCCAGAUCUGUGACGACUUCCUCCUGGGUUUGUGUCAGGCGGGGAAAAAGUGCAAGAUGCAUCACACUCCCUACCCGUUUCACUGGCAGCUGCGGAGUGUGAUCUCCCACCAGUGGAUCGACUUCCCCCCUCACUCUCAGGUUUUAAUGGAGAAGAUGUUCUGCAAUGUCAGCCGAGAGAUUGUUUAUAUCCGGGAUGGACAUGACCGCAACUCUCUGAGCUUUGAGUCGAUGGAAUUUGACGACCAAUCAAAGUAUGAUAAAGUUAGACGACUAGCUAACUCUGACAGUCACAUCAGGAGCCCUCACUUCCCCAGUAAAUGGAUAUUCUACUGGUGGAACAACCAGGACUGGGAGGAAUACAAUAAGGAUGCAUCAGCCUUGCUGCUAAAAAGUUUGAGCAAAAAGGAGCCAGAGUGUACCCUCACCAUCGGCUCACAGCGGUACAAGGUGGACUUCAUCGACAUGCAACAAACCAACGUCACCACAGGGUUCGAGAGAGAGAUUCGCUGGAGACCCGCCUACCGCUCCCUUGAUUCCAUACAGCCUCACCUGCAGACAGGAGUCCAAACCGACUCCACCCAGCCUGCCACUGAUCCUCCAGCAGCAAACUUCAACGUGGACCCUCUGAAGGAGUUCAGCUCCUGGUAUCCUCCAGUGUGGUGUCCGUCCCCAGAGCAGGACUACAGUCUGGUGGAUGUUCCUGCAGGGACAGAGGCGUACCGCAGUGUCCAUAACCUGUUCUGUGAGAGUCUGCCGGAGACCAGAGUGGACAUCAUCAGCAUCCAGCAGGUCCAGAAUCUCCUCCACUGGGACAAAUACCAAAGGCACAAAGCGUACAUGCAGAAGCAGCACGCCAAGUUGAGGGAGCCUCUGGAGAGACAUCUCUUCCACGGGACAUCCAAAGAGGCUUCAGAAGACAUCUGCCACAACAACCUCGACCCCCGUUUGGCCGGAGUCAACGGGACGUCCCACGGCUUCGGCACCUACUUUGCCAGCACCGCCUCCUUCUCCCACACCUUCUCCUCCAUGGCGGGGCCAGGCAAGGUCCGCCACAUGUUUCUGGCCAAAGUCCUGGUGGGAAAAGUGUGUCUUGGUAGAAAAAACUACCACCGGCCGCCGCCGCUCAGCCCCAAGACGAAGAAGUUUUGUCUCUAUGACACGUGCGUGGAUAAUGUGGACGAACCCACAAUGUUUGUAGUUUUUGACAGCUGUCAGUGCUACCCGUACUACCUCAUCAAGUACAAAGACCUGCCCAGAGAGGUCGAGAUUUGAUGCAGAGGCGUCAAUAGAAGUGGAGGUAGUUGAUGUUGAUUGUUCAAAGUGUUGGAGUUGUAAAAUGACCCGAAAUGUUUUUAAAUGUUAUCAAAUGUUAUCACUUGCGGUUACAGAUAAAAUGUGCAAUACAUCGAUUAUGUGACAUGAAGUUCCACUCGAUAACAACGAAG